AUGUGUACAACUUUGAAAAACCUCCCUAAAGAGUUUCCUACAGCGAUUAUGGACAUAGUAGUAGGGUUAGGUACAAAUACUUUGACAGUUGUAAGGGGUAACACGACUGAUAUAAAGUCUGAAGAUAUUUUUGAAAUCAUGUGUAUUCUGAGUGAGAAUAACAUUCAAGUCAUUAAUUUGGAUCUAUCGACACAGGAAAAUAAAGAUCGAUUUUACAGAUUUCUAAAACAAGGUUUGGAUACGUCGGAAGAAAGAACAAGUUUAAUUCUUUGUGAGCCUUUGGAAUGUGAAAAUCUACUUUUUGAGAUUACUGUAAACAAUUUCAUCCACCGCUCAAUGCUCUACAUCUUCUUCUGGCCACACGGAGAAGUAAGCAAGCUCUUCCUUUCCGGCAUCAAAGAGGCUAUACGAGUUGCUGUCAUUACGAACCCGAGAAAUGCAGUGUUCCGGUUGUACUACAACCAAGCGUCACCAAACAAGCUGAACCACUUGACGCUGGUCAACUGGUGGUCGGGGAGCCUUUACAAAUCGCCAUCUCUACCGCCCGCUGACAAAGUCUACCACGACUUUCAGGGAAGGGUCUUUGAGGUGCCUGUUUUACAUGCGCCGCCGUGGCACUUCGUGAGCUACAACAACGACUCCACGGUCAACGUGACGGGCGGACGAGAUGACAAAUUGCUCGCGCUGCUGGCCAAAAAGCUGAACUUUAAGUAUAAAUACUACGAUCCACCGGAAAGAAGUCAGGGUUCGAGAAUAUCUGGGAAUGGAACGUUUAAAGGAACUCUUGGUUUGAUUUGGAAACGUAAAGCUGACUUCUUCAUCGGAGACGUAACCAUGACCUGGGAAAGGUUGCAAGCGGUGGAGUUCUCUUUCCUAACGCUGGCAGACUCUGGAGCCUUCCUCACCCACGCCCCUGACAAAUUGAGCGAGACUCUAGCCAUCAUCAGGCCAUUCCAAUGGGAGGUCUGGCCACUAGUAGGGGCCACACUGCUUCUCAUCGGUCCAGCAUUGUGGAUAGUGAUAGCCGCCCCAUCGCUGUGGCAGCACCGCAAACGGGACCAACUCGAACUGUUGAGUGAUUGCUGCUGGUUCACCACCACCUUGUUCUUGAGACAAUCAUCUACUAAAGAACCAUCUAAGACCCACAAAGCUCGACUAGUCUCUAUCAUCAUAUCGUUGGGAGCUACGUAUGUCAUUGGUGAUAUGUACUCGGCUAACUUGACCAGUCUACUGGCUAGACCGGCUAAAGAGCAGCCGAUAGGCACACUGCAGGCUUUGGAAGAGGCUAUGAGAGAUAGGGGAUAUGAACUGGUGGUGGAACGACAUAGUUCUUCAUUGGCUAUUUUGCAGAACGGCACAGGUGUAUAUGGCCGUCUCGCUAAACUUAUGCGUCGUCAACGCAUUCAGCGCGUGCGCAGUGUCGAAGUGGGUGUCCAUAUGGUACUGUCGAAACGACGCAUUGCUAUACUGGGUGGAAGAGAAACGCUGUACUACGACACUGAGAGAUUCGGUUCUCAUAAUUUCCAUUUAAGCGAAAAAUUGUAUACAAGAUAUUCUGCCAUAGCGCUUCAAAUCGGUUGCCCAUACCUCGAGACAUUUAACAACAUAGUAAUGACUCUCUUCGAAGCUGGUAUACUUGCUAAAAUGACGACUGAUGAGUACAAGAACCUUCCAGAACACUCGAGAAGAUCCGAUCCUGUUGCGGAAAGCGACACCAAAGAAAAUAAAGACCCUACCGAAAAUGCAGGAACUGCGCAGGUACAACCUGAAUCGACGAUUGGUCUCGAGCCGGUUUCCUUAACAAUGUUUCAAGGAGCAUUUUGCUUGCUCGGCGUAGGGUACUUCUUAGCAGCCGUCGCCCUUGCAACAGAAAUUCACCUCCACCGUAGAAGAACAACCCGAAGGAUGAUCACUCCCGUAGAAACGUCGACCGCCAGGCGAUCUGCUAGAAUUAUCUACUUGAAACAACAAUUCGACAGGAUGUUCGGAAUCCUCUACGUAUUCAUUGAUAGGGCUUUGAGACAUGAUGCCAGAGAGUAAAUAUGUUUCUACCGUUAUUAUUCUAAGGUCUUUACAAACA